AAAAAAAAAUAAAAAGUAAAGAAAACCCAAUAAAGGAAGCUUAAAUUUUUAAUUUGAUUUUCCUGCCUAAUUUGCUUUCUGAAAACCCUAAUGCCCAUAAUUAAAAGAUUCCAUGGGCCUUACAAAGGCAACCAUGACUUAAUCCUCCAAGAAGUCAGCGGGAAGGAGGCGCCCAGAUGCCAGUGGAGCCCCGCCCAUAGGCGAGUGGAGACCGGAAGAGAGUGGAGAACAGCGACCUGUCGACCAGAUGAAUGUGGGGGGGAUGGCGCAGCGCCUUUCCCGCCCGCCCCCGUGUCCCCUCUGGGCUCCCCUGCCCAUCUUCUCCGUCCAAGGCAAACGCCGCGUCCCCCCCACCCCAGCCGCUCCGCUUUGGCGCACCUGCCUUGUCCCUGGUCUCAGCCCUCCCGUGCCCCACCUUCCCCGCGGAGGGCGGGUCAAGGGCUUGCGGAGGGGUGCGCGCUCCCGCCGCUGCCUUCGCCCUCGCUCGGGUCCUUCCCGGGACGCGCGGCGCGGCGGCCGAGCCUCGUGGCGCCUUCCGGGAGUGUUUCGGGCCCGCCCGCCACCCCCGGGGGCCUCAGAGCCCCGGCUCAUGCGGGGCGCCCGCCGGCCCCGCCACCUCCCGUCGCCCGCCCUGGAUGA